GCUGUCAAGAAAGCAUCUGCUUAGUUUCAAAAUUUUUUUUAGUGGCGCGGUGUUUAGCGGUGCAUUGGCUGUAUUUGGCUAGUGUUUUGAGACGCUCAUUUGCAAUAAUGCAUGCAGAAAGGCUGAGACACACCAAGAGGGCUGGCAUUCGGCAUAUUGGCGAAGAAAAGGCUCGGAAAAGACGGACCACUUUACUAACAACUGGUACAGCCGCUAAUCGCGGAGAUGGAUCCUCAACACGUGGACGGAUUGGUUCCUCCUGUAGUUCUCUAAAAAGGCGAAAUACGAAAGGAAUUUACUUUGCUCUGAUCGGAGAUCGCUGCCCAGAUGUGAUGACAUACUGAUGCUGAAAGGAAAUACAGUAGAACAUAUCAUACCAAUCAGCCAUCAAAUCUCGUCAUGUAAGCGCUGCGACCCGGCCAGGUGUUAACGACUGAUGCUGGAGAAGAGUAAGAUGACCCUGCUGUUGCUAAUGCACAUCCUUCUAGUGGGCGGAGCUUCUUUGACCCAGGCCACGCCCACAACCAGAUCGACUCCAGCGGCUGUGGAGGCGCAAAGGCCAAACAACGUAGGCCUACCCCACGGAGAACACCAACUAGGACGAGAUGGUUUGGCAGAGAAGAGAUUACAAGCAAUGUAUGCUGAUGGAAAAAACUCUGCAGAAGGCGGCUUGGAACCAACCAGAUCUGUAGACGAUGAUGAUUCUGCCGAGCCUCUUCCCCUAGAUCCCUCUAUCAAAAAUGUUGUCAAACGUUCAGCGAAUGGUGUUGAUGGUUACAUGGCUUCAGUCGGGUAUGACCCAAUGUCCACAUGGGCGAAGAGAGAUACUUAUGACCCUGGCUAUGAAGCAUACAUGCAGAGUGUUCAUUAUGAUCCCAUGAUGGCCUGGGGAAAGAGGCAGAUCAAAAAGAAUGACCCAGGGUAUGAUGCUUACAUGCAGACCAUUGGCUAUGACCCCACAAUGGCAUGGGGCAAAAGAGAUACUUACGAUCCAUACUUACAAACUGUGGGGUAUGACCCCAUGAGCUUCUAUGCCAAGAAAACAGUCAAGCGCAGCAGUGAAACCCCAUCUUACUAUUCAGAUAAUUUUCUGGGUGGAAACAUGAAAAGUCAAGAUCCUUACAUGGAUCUGUACAUCCCUAAUCAUUACAUGCAUAAUUUCAAGAGAUCCAUCAACCCUUAUCUUCUGACCUUGGCCUCUAAUGAUUGGAAGAGAGCUCCUAACGAUAUGGGAGCCCAGGGAUUCCAUGAGGGCAUCUUCACUCAUAAUUUUGGUGACUUCUCACCUGUUAAGAGAGGCAAAAGAGAAGCUGUCCAGUCGUCUGCUCCUGUAGAAGAGAAGAGACGUCCAGAGAUGACUUCCAGUGGCUUUUAUGGUGACACUUUCUCCGGCGGCUUUGGUGACUUUUCUACCAUGAAGAAGAGAAGGUUAGGGAUGGGAGCAAGUGGUUUCCAUGGUGACACUUUCAAUCAAGGUUUUGGAGACUUCUCUACCAUGAAGAAGCGUCGUCUUGGAAUGGGUGCAAGCGGAUUUCACGGAGAUACAUUCAACCAAGGUUUUGGGGACUUCUCCACCAUGAAGAAAAGACGUCUGGGGAUGGGAGCAAGUGGUUUUUAUGGAGAUACAUUUAAUCAAGGAUUCGGAGAUUUUUCAACCAUGAAAAAACGUCGUCUCGGAAUGGGGGCAAGUGGCUUUCACGGAGACACAUUCAACCAAGGGUUUGGAGAUUUCUCGACCAUGAAAAAAAGACGUCUAGGAAUGGAUGCUAGUGGGUUUUAUGGAGACACCUUCAACCAAGGCUUCGGAGAUUUCUCCACCAUGAAAAAACGCCGACUUGGAAUGGGUGCAAGUGGUUUUCAUGGCGAUACCUUUAACCAAGGUUUUGGAGAUUUCUCAACCAUGAAGAAAAGGCGUCUAGGAAUGGGUGCUAGUGGAUUUUACGGAGACACAUUUAACCAAGGGUUUGGAGAUUUCUCAACCAUGAAGAAACGCCGGCCUGAAAUGGAUUCUAGUGGAUUUUAUGGAGAUACUUUCAAUGGUGGAUUUGGGGAUUUCUACACAAUGAAACGUUCUUUGGAAGAGCAUCCCAAUCUGGACGACAGUGGGUUUUAUGGUGAAUCUGUCUCAGAGGAAUUAACAGAUUUCAGCCCAGAGAAAAAGAGUGACUUUGAAGAAACCCAAUUACAUGAGGCAGAGAAAGAAAAGGAAUCCACUAGAAGAAAACGGGAUGUUUACCAAAUGCACCAGGCCAAUAAGCGUCGCCCUGAUAUGGAUGCGAGCGGAUUCCAUGGUGACACUUUCUCUGGGGGAUUUGGAGAUUUCUACACCAUGCGAAAACGCCUAUCAGACGAAGAGCUUCUGUUGCACCAGCAGAGAGAGGAAGAAGGAAGACCGAAGCGGAACAUUGAAGGAGACGAGUCACUCGAAGUCGAGAUGAAGCCUCCUCUCGAGAGCGACUUGAGUAUUAGAAACCGAAGAAGCAUACAGGAGGCAACUGCAAACUCAGACUACGCCGAUGCAGACGUGACAGAAGAAAGUCAAGACAUCUAUAAACGGUCUAUCGAUGGAUCCAAUCCCUUUUAUGAAGGCUUUGAGGAUCUCAACACCAUGAAUGGAUGGCGAUGAGAUCCACCAUUAGCUCUCACUUUCUCCAUUAUCUCUCCUUAAUCUUAAAUUUUUAUUCUUUCAUCCACUACGUAAACAAAUUGCUCUGGCCUGUGAUACACCUGAAGGCCCUCUCUUUAUAUAUUAAGAAGGAAGUAAUAAUAAUGACUUGAGAAUAUAUUAACCUCUCCAUGUGUAACUAGGAAAAGUAAAUUUGUAUUACUGAUGAACACAAUGAUGAGUUAAAACUCUAUCAGCCAUACUUUUGUAAUGUACACUACACAUUAAUUAACUAUAAUGACCAGCAUAACUUGGGAUAGUAAAUAAUAAUUACUGUCAUUUCUUUGGAGCUUGUAGGAAUUUCUAAACUGUGCAGUUUUUUGUUUGUGUCUAAACACAAGUUCAUAAAGAUAUUUUGAAUCAGUACAUUUGAUACUUAUAUCUCAGGAAGCGAAAGUAUUAGGAAAUUCACACAAAUGGAAGAAAGCAGAUAUGAAAUGAUGACUUAGUUUAGCAAUAGCUCGCCCUUUAUUUCACAGGGGCCAUUGAACAUCACCAUGUGAGUGACAGGUUUUCGCCAACACAUACGAAGAUGAUUUUGAUUGAUAUCCUUAUUUAUUAUGUCAAGAGGUAAUCUGGGUAUGGUUUAGAAGCCUCGAAGAGUUACUUCUUCUACAGGUGGAGUGUGUGAGAUGAGCACAGCUGCCCAAUCACCCUUGGGGAUCAUGGAAGUAUUCAUGAACUUUUCUUCAUUCCAACAAUGUCACUUGUAAUCGUUGUGAGACUAAAGCAAUGUUGUUUUUUAAAGUAAUUUCAACUUUACUAUGUUAUCCUCUGUGCCAUUUUAAAUAGUCAGAUUUGUUUGUAAUUUAAUGUCUUAAGACGUCUGGCAAAAAUAAAACUCCACUACUAGACAUCUUGGGACAUUUGUAGAAAAUAUUAUUCAUUCGUGUCUUUUAGAGAGAUCUGACAAGAAGCAAUCAGUUCCUGGGCCCUGGAGUGAGGAUUUUUCACACAGAUAGUGAUGUUCCAAGAGGCAACAACCUUUGUUCAAAAGAAAAAAAAAAGAAAGAAAACCCUUCAACUGCACAGUUGAUAUCUUGUCCAAAACCUUAUUAUAUAUUUCUCUCUAUAUAAAUAUGUAUUUGAUGUUGACAAAUAAAGUAAUAAUAAUCCGACUAGAUUUCAUCCAAAUAUUUUGAGAAUGACUGGUGUCAAAUUUCAUGUCAAACGACGGUUGUGUCCUGGUGGAUCUCAAGGGUUUGUUGGUUGGUUUGUGGGGGGGAGGGGGUAGCUAGCGACCUUAUCAUUCAUCCGUUAAUGACCUGUGAUUGGCAUUUGACCUCGAGUCCUUUUUGUAUGGCAUCAUUCUUGAUUCGCAAGCGUCAACAAAGACUGUGUUGGGCACGUUGAACUGACAAGUGAGUGACGGUUUCAAAGUGUAAGUGAAAUGCCAAACCUGAUUCCAACGCAAGGAUUAUAUAGAUAUUGUUAUAUAUUUAGAUUGAUAUAUAUAUAAUUUCCAUAUACAGUAUUCUAUGUGUCGAUGUUCCUAUUCCAAAGUGACCAAAAUAUAUAUUAAAAAAAAGUUAAUCAUUUAUUAGAAGGAUGUGAUAAUUAAAGAUGAUUUGAAUUUGAGAGGCUAUUUUGACUAAUGCUUUGAUGCUAACAUUAGAUAUUUUCUUAACGGAGGUAAAUAUAUCGUUAUUUUUUCGCGCUGAGAAUUUCUCCUUUGAGUUGAAAUUCUAAACUGAGAGAAUUCAUGGGAUUCUUAUGGAAUUCUUGUCCUUUUUUUUUCUUUUUUCCUGAAAAUCAUGAACCAACUAGGACCUGCAUGCGUGGUGUAGAAAUUCAUUAUUAUUAUUAUUAUUAUUAUUAUAGAAACAUAUCCAGUUAUGUAUAUGUAUAUAUAUUUAAAGAUAAAUCUUUACAGAUUCCCAAAAGCUAUCUGUAGAAAUGUAUCUUUAAAUAUAUUUGUAUCCAUAACUGUGGGUUUGUUUCUCCAUUUUAAGACUCAUGCUAUUAUUAUUAUUAUUAUUAUUAUUAUUAUUAUUAUUAUUAUUAUUAUUAUUAUUAUUAGAUUCAUUCGUGGUUUGUGUUCUUCUUGUUUACGGAAUCCGCAGAGUAAAAAAAGUAUAGGGUGUCCACGCAUAUAUGUAAACCUUCAGGCAUCAGUGUCACGCAUUCAUCUUUUGGCAUCAUUUGUGUAAGUUCACUUACUAAGACCUUUUUGUUUUUUUCAACAACAUAUUUUUCCAUUGUGUUUCGCAUUAUUACUACUGAUCACGAACGGUCGCCAAAGCAAUGGUGUAUUGCUAUAUCAAAAGGAAACUCCAGAUGUGGGAAAUGAAAAAAAUGGUUUAAAAAAAAAUUGUUCAUUGCUAAUUCAAAAUAAAUUGCAAGAAAUUCU